AUGCCUCGAGCCUACCCGGGGCGGUACGCGGAGGCAGUGGUGGAGGGGUCGACGUCCAGCUGGCCGUGGCAGAGAUGGCGUGACGUGGCUGGAAUCCAAGCGCCCCAAAUUCCCCACCAGCAUGCCCUCGACCCGCCCUUCGAUCCCGCUCACCCCCUCGCGCGUCUCCCCACCAUCCGCCCCACAUUCCUCUCUCCUUCCUUCCUCCACGCCUCCUCCUCCUCCCCGUACCCACCCCGCACCACCGGCGCCAUCUCUCCAUCGCUCCCUCCGCAAAUCACAGCACGGGGCGCGGCGUGGGGGGCAGCCGCGGGGGCAGCGGCGGCGGGGGUGACGUCAGAGGCGGCGCUGGUGCUGGUGUCCCUCGCGCUGCUGCUCUCCCUCUGGAACAGACAGCUGCGCCGCUCCACCUCAGGUGCGCCCCCCCCUCCAGGUGGCCCCCCCUCGCCUCCAGGUAAGCCGCGGCUCCUUACUCAGCACACUCGCUCCCCUACACACCCCUCUCUUCCCCCUCUCUCCCCCCUCCCACCCCUUCUAUCCCCCCACCCAUCCCCAUCUAUCCCCCCACCCAUCCCCCUCUCUCCCCCCACCCACCCCUCCCUUCCCCACUCUCACCCCGCACACACUCGCCCUGCAGGGUCGUGCCAGCAGUACAGCUUGGACGAGGUGUCGCGGGCAACGGACUACUUUGCGGAGGAGAACAAGAUCGGCACGGGCGGGUUCGCCCACGUGUACCGCGGCACGUCGCCCUUCAACCCCGACUCGCUCUGGGCCGUCAAGCGCUGCACCGUGCCCACCGAACACUUCGGCAGAGUGGUGCGGGAGAUGUCGAACAAGAUCCACCCGAACCUGGUGCGGCUGAUAGGGUGCUGCAACGACUUCAACGAGGCCGAGGGCCGCCACGAGCAGAUCGUCAUCUGCGAGCUCAUGCCAGGCGGCAGCAUCCACGGCCGCUUCAGCCGAGAUUCGCGUGACCCGCUGACCCUGCAGCAGCGCCUGGACAUUCUGAUAGGAGUGGCCCGCGGGCUGGAAUUUCUGCACAGCUCUGGCAUCGUGCAUCGCGACAUCAAGCCCGCCAACAUCCUGCUGGAUAGCAACAUGCAGGCGAAGAUAUCAGCGUUUGGGGCGGUGCGCAUGGGGUAUGACGAGCACAUGGUGCAGUCCAUGGGCACGCAUGGCUACAUCGACCCCGCUUCCCGCGCCAACAGGAACGCUCGCCCCAGCGCCGACGUGUACAGUUUUGGAGUGGUGAUGCUGGAGAUGCUGACCGGGCGCAAGGCAGUGGAGUGGGACGGCAAUGCAGACAGCAACUUCAAGGGAUGGGUGGUGCAGUGUCUGUACGACCGCAACGUGGCUUUGAUCGGCGACCCGCAUCUCAAGGCGCCAGACAGCGUGGUGGUGCGCAUGGCGGACCUCGCCCUGCCGUGCCUUGCCAUGCCCCCCGACAGCCGCCCCUCCAUGGCACGCGUCAUCCAUGAUCUCGAGGCCGUGAAGCUCUUCAUUGCCUCGCAGUGGCCUGACCUCGUGCACUGCUCGCCUGAUGCUGCCCGCUCUGCCGAUGGGACCAGUGGGGAGUUGAGCUCUGGUGAAGCCGUGUCAGGUUCAACGACGACCACCACCAUUGCAAGAACAAACUCAAAUGUGGCAGCAGCGGAGCGGAGGGGCCCGCUGCUGUGCCAGCAGGUGAGUGUGGCGGAGGUGGUGCGAGCAACGGGCGGGUGGUCGGCGGAGAGGCGAAUCGGCAGCGGCGGGUUUGGCGACGUUUACCGCGGAGUGAGCCCCCUUGAUGGGUGCACGCCCUGGGCUGUCAAGCGCGCCAAAGUGCUCACCAACGACUUCCGACGCGAGAUCAACGAGAUGGCAUCGAAGCAUCAUCCGAACCUGGUGCGGCUGCUGGGGUUCUGCAUUGACGGCGAUACAGCGUCGGAGAACAUGGAGCAGAUUGCCAUCUAUGAGUUCAUGCCCAAUGGGGACCUCGAGAAGCGCCUGCACCCAGAGUGGUGUUGUAUACCUCCCUCCUUCUCAUAUCUGUCCCACUUUUCCCCCCAACCCACCCCCACACCCACACCUCCUCUGCUCAUGCCGCCGUGGCAUGUGGUGGUGGUCAGUUUCGGCAUAGUGAUGCUGGAGCUGCUGACAGGCCACAGAGUGGUGUUCAUUCUGGACGGGGGCGCCCCCAUGAACAUCAAGGAGUGGGUGGAGCAGCGCAUAGCCUCGGGGGAAAUCAGCGCCAUAGGUGACCCCUUCAUGCGCGCCCCGGACUCCCUCGUGCUCCGCAUGGCCCGGCUGGCCCUGCGCUGCACGGCUGCGCUGACAGCGGCGCGGCCGACAAUGGGCGAAGCGGCGACGGAGCUGGAGACUCUGAAGAAGGAGUUUUUCGGGCUGGAGAGUGGGCGCAUGGCGCAACGGGUGGAUGAGCAGAUGCAGUCGCUAAGGCUGACGCACAGGGAUUUGAGAGAGGAGCUGCAGAUGAUUGCGGGGAUUGAGUCGAGUGCCAGCUCGGCGACUGGGAGGAGGCUGUCGGGCGGGGUGAGGCGCGAGGAGGCGGAGACCCCCUGCUCAUUGUCCGCGCGCCCCCCGCGCGCCCACCGCGCAAGCAUGCCGCCGCCAGCGCCACUCGCAGGCGCUAGCGCGCCGCCCAGUGCCCGCGCGUGCACUUCCGCCCUCCGCCCCUCGUGCACGCGCUGGUAUCCGCGGAGCCACGCUCGGCCUUUCCCCACCGGGAGCAGGCCAACCCGUGCGGCGGAUUCAAGCGCGCAGCUGGCGCGUCACCGCUGCGCGCCACUGCGGGUGCUCGUGGGGAGAGAAAGAGCGUCUGCAGGACACGGCGCGGGGAGAAGCCUAGCAGGCGGAGAAAGCGCGGUCUGGGGGAGACCGAGCGGGAAAUGUGGCGGAAGAGUGGGGGAGCUAGUGCGGUGCCAGGCAACAGGGGGGGAUGCGGUUAGCAGGGGGGGUGGCGGGCGAGGCGGAGGGGGAGCGGGGGGAGCAGGAAGCGGCGGGUACAGGUCGCUGGAGGAGCUGGCUAACAGCGUGGAGGCUUGCUUCUUCGAGGUGUGUGUGAGCAACAGCGGGCGGCCAGCAGCGAUGGCACUGCACGACCUCGUGGCCGCUGCGGCUGACGCCUUCCUCGCCGGGCACUCGCUGCAGCGCCUGCUGCUGCAGCUGCAGUACGGGGGAGCAGAGGGGGAGGAGUUCAGGAUGAGCGAGGCGGGGUACAGGCUCACGUCCUCCGAGCAGCACUACCGCACACAGUGGAUCAAAACGGUGUACCUGACCAUGUACCGCCUGCACCUGCAGCAGCCUGGCGCCUCCUUCAUCCACAUGCCCGCCUCUCAGCAACGCCACGGCACCCCCAGCGGUAACAGCAGCAGCAGCAGCAGCAGCGGAGGCAGCAGUGUGAUGGAUGUGAGCCAUGCUGUGCCUGGCCUUGGCAUGUUCGAGGGCGCCAUGCCGCCUGCUUCCGAGCAGCCCGUGUCUGAUGCCUCUGGUAGCAGCAACGGAAGCGGUGGGGAUGGCAGUAGUGAAGAGAGCAGGAGUGGAAGCAGCAGCAGCAGCAGCAGUAUGGGAGCAUUGGAGGGGCUAUGGGAGGUGGUACAGGAGGAGCCAUGGCUGGGGAGCAUAGUGGACCGAGUCCUAGAGGGGCAGAGGACGGGUGAGGAGCAGAGCCUUGUGCACUUCGACCGCGCUCUCGCCACAGCAGGGGCAUCGGGAGGCGUGGCGGCAGAGCGGCGAGUGAUUGCACCGCAGUGGCUGCCCAUCAGCCAGCUGGUGUUGCUCACGUGUAAAGUGGCCAACGAGAGGCGCGGCCCGGUGUGA